AGUGGUUCGUGGUUUGGAUCAAUUGUCAGUUCCUCAUCGAUCCUUAGUCAGUGGUUGUUUUUGUGGGGGCUUCUUGGUGUUGACUGAGAGGAAAAACACUAGAAGAUGCACCGGCUGCACCGAUGGCAACGCGUUCAUUCCUUUUCGUGUUUUUGGCGCUCUCGUCCCUUGGGGGUCUGUGUAGCGAGUAUGCUACUCAACGACCACUAGAACCGUACAGAGGUGAAACCGAACGGCCGCUGCCUGAACGCUUGGGCCAAAAGAUGUACAUUUCAGUAGUGCAACAUAAGACACUCUCGUUCAGUCGUAGCUCUGGGGGCCCGUUCCGUCGUCAAAACCCUCAGACGUGGCCGAAUUUUGUUCAACUUACCAGCACGUCUGGGGUGCCCCACCGGCGACGCGAAAGGGUAGCCGACGCUGAUGAACCGACAACAAGUACGGGCAAUCGUCGCGACAGAGCGUUCCCUCUCCGUUCAUGGCUUCGACACGCAAUACGGCGUUUAGGUGUAGGUGCAAACAACCGGAGACAAGGCGUCCAACAUAAGGAGGUCUUGCCGUCUACCGAAGUGGCAUCGAUAGUGACACUGCUGCAGCAGCUGCAGCAGGAGAUCGGGCGGUGCCGCCUGCAACAACGGACCAAUGCACAUUUGGAAGACACAGUUACGAUACUCUUUUUCCGCCGGGGUUCCACAAGAGUGCUCUUGUCCGAUGGCGGGAGACAUACGCGAAACAUACGCUAUGAUGGUGAAAUUCUCGGCUCGGGGCCGUGGUCCCUUGUCUUGCGCGUGAUGGAUGUCGACGAGAAUCAGGAGUACGCUUUGAAGGUCGCUCGACUGCGUGCUUCGCUAUCUGGCGCUGCCGGAUACCGGCAACUCUUAAGACAGGGCCUACUCCACCACAGGUUCACACCGCCUGUUUCUCCGCAUCACGCGUUGUGGUGCUUGCAGUUGAUGGUCGCUAUUGACCUCCUCAAGCUUCCACGCAUUCCCAGGUUCGUCAGAGAACCUAGCUCACGACUAACAAUUGCAAACCGUUUCCUCUUGCUGCCGCUCGCGUAUACUGACCUUCUGGCAGUACUGCGGGCGCUGUUCACCAGACAGGAUGUCAGCGAAAGCCCCGGCGGUUUUCUUGCUCGACUGCACAUGACCGCUCAAGUUGUGAAGGCGCUGGCGAGCUACCACAGCCAAGGCUUCGUCCACGGAGACCUAAAGCCACAGAAAUUCUUGGUCAUGGCAAAUGGAAGCCUUGUUCUAGGUGGUUUCACAGAGGUCCGCACCCCCGGCGCACUGCGCUCCGGCGACGUAUUCACUGAGUCGUACCUGCCUCCGGAGCAUCUAGACCGAAACAGCGUCUACUCAUUUGAAAGUGAUACCUGGCAGCUGGGCUUGACCAUAUACCAGAUAUGGUGUUUGCUGCUACCGUUCGGGCUGAUGACACCAUUCGUUGCCGAGGGCCCAGAACGCCGUGUUUUUGAAGAAGUCGUGCAGCACCCCGGGGUUCAACCGUCGUUCAACGAUCCUGACUGCUUCUCGAAUGUUCCGGAGUAUAUCGAGAUGAUGGUACAUCACAUGCUUCAGUUCCAUCCAGAAGACCGCCCAAGACCAGCUGAUAUCCUCAUCAGCGAUAACUUCCAGCGACUCCAGGAUCACAUUCAGCGUUUGGAGCGGUCGCAGGAAGAGGAAGAGUCGGUCCACGGCAGUCCAGCAGGAACACUCUCCCGUAAUCCCUGAGGCGCUAUGGUGUUGCACGACAAAACGGGGUCCGAGAGCAGCCACACGAGCAUCUAAUUGAUUUAAUUGCUGAACGACACGGGUUGCCAGGGGGACGGACGCUGUGGAUGGAAGUUAGUGUGGGACUAAUUAGAUUGUUGCCAUUUCAUCCGAUUCAUCCCGUACACGGGCGACUGCAUAUCUGAAGUGGCUGUGGGAACCUAGAUCCGAUCGAGUGAUGGAAGGCCGAUAUGGAGAAAUCACUGGUUCAUUCGUUGGCACCGAGAGCCAUUCUGUCGAAAACGAACAACACCUGUAUCUGUCAUGUGCUCGUAGCAAGAUGGUAAACGGAAGUUUAAGAAGAUUGCUCGGCAGUGACACUGUGUCUCACGGAAGAUGUCAAUGACGGCCACAAGAGAAGGCGUUGGGCAUCGUAUCAUUCGUCGUGUGAAGAGCCACUGACGGAACACCGUCCCGGAAAGUAUGCUGUGUUUCUUCUGUAGUCUGGAAUCGUCGAGCGAACCGUCGCUGGUGGCUGUGAUUGUCUACUUGUUCACCGGGAACACACGUCCGUAUCCGCGACAUACGAGCGAGGACUGAUAUCACAAGCAAACCCCAAAAUUUGUUGUUUGUCGACGAAAGGUAAAAUAUUCAUGGAAACAUGAAGUGGUACUUCAUGAAGGGCUGAAAGCUGUAAGCUUAAAACAAAUGUAACAUCGUCGAUGAGGCAUCGAUCGAAUUCAUUGAUUGCUCGCUCUUAGGGUAUACCGGAUUGCAAGCUGGCGAAGGCCAUGGUGCCACCUGACUCCUGACGUGGCUCUCCCGUAUUCGAUCAGCUAAGCAAAUGUGUGUCCAGCGACAAUAUCGUUUGCAGAUUUAUGCACGUGGCUGGCCAUAUGCCUUGCAUUUCCCUAUUCUGUCCCGGAGGAUGCAGCCGGAGGCAACGUAUCACAUUUUACAUUGGCUGAUAGCGUAGACUCUUACGAGCUGUGUGAGGAUACUUGUGUAGUAAGUCCGAAACGAGGAUCAAGUAGCGACAGUAAGUGAGAACGACACGACAGAGGCGCUCUGUUCUGAUUGUCGUCAUGAGAGCGUUGACCAAGCCACUUCUUUUUCGCUGACGGAAUGCUUUUGACGCUGGAAGGCCGAUGGGACGUACUGCUGAUGAGCAGAUUAACGGCUGAAGCGAAGCAUUCUAUGCUGGGACGCGGCGUGGUCAACUGGGGGGGGACGGUUGUUCGCAUAUAUAUAGUUAUAUACAUAUAGGUUGAUUGAUAGGUGAUGAAUGAAAACUCAUAUGUAUAUAUGUAUGUAGACAGGAAGAUGUAGGC